CGUAGAUAAAAUAAUUGCAUUUUCAGAAAACAGACAAAUCAAAACUUAACAAGUGUCAAGCAAAACGUAAUUCGUAAACUUUGUGUUACUCGAUACAGGAGCGAUAUUGCAUCGACAAUUAAGUCAUAUAAUGAAGUAUAUAAUAUUAAGAUAAUUUUAUCGAGCGAAGAUAACGGGUUGUGUUUUCAGAAAAUAGAUAGAAACAAUUUAAACAACUGUCAAGCAAAGCGAAAUUUGUAAACACCAAUAUAAGCCAUGUACGGGUUCUUUGAGUGCUCGAAAUGCAAGUCUAAAUGGGAAAGUGCAAAGGUUUUUCCUAAGAAUUUCGGAAAUCAGUACUAUGGCCAAGAAUGCAAGUCCUGCAAGAUCAUGUGCCAGCCCUACAGGGUGGAGGAGACUAUGUGCUCAUUGUGCGGUGAAGUUGCCAGAACAUGCGGAUGUGACAAGACCCGCAACACCGACCCGAACAAACCCCAUCGCAGCGAUCUCUGCGAAAAAUGCCGAUCUGGGAACCGAUGCCAGUAAAGAAAAUUAAGUUGAUAUAAAUGACCAAAUACAGUAUGAGUAUAAGAAAAUGUGAUUUUGAAGACCUCGUGGACCAAAAACACAUACGUAUUUAUUUUACUAUUGAUUCAAUUUUAUUGAUUGAUACGUGUCCUUUAAACAUGCCGUGCGUGCAAGAAUGUUCAACUGAUAUGAUUGAAUUUACUGAUUUUAAUUUGUUACGUUUCUCGUGCAAUUCUAACCAUUAUAUGUAAAUUUCUUCAAAAAUUAUAUAUAUAUUUAUAUUAUGCUAAAAAUAAAGCAAACGUGAUCUUUAAAGGGAUCUUUUCACGCUUUGGUAAAUUGACAAAAUUUAAAAAAGUUGUUUCAGAUUCGCAAAUUUUCGUUUUAGUUAUGAUAUUUGUGACGAAACAGUAAUACUGAACAUUUACCAUGGUCUUAUAUAGCCAUUAUAUGCAUCUUUUGACGAUUUUAAAACCUAAAAAUUAUAAAGCGUUGCAACGCGAAACGAUUGAAUAAUUUGGACAGUUUUGUUUUUGUCGUUAAAUUUUUUGAAACUACGAAGAUUGCUUAUAUAAGGUAUAAAACACGUCAAUUACGUGUACUCGGCUGAAUAGCUCAGUAGGCUAAAGCGUUUUUACUUCAGGACUCUGGCAGGACUCCAGGGGUCACUGGUUCGUAACCAGGUCCGGGCAAUGUUCUUUUCCUUUUUUUUAUUUUAUUCUUGAUUUUUUACUGGAGCUUUUACGAUCCAAUGUUUACAUUUAUCGAUAUAAAGCAUUUAAUGAAUAAGUUAAAAAAAUGCCAAAAUCUGUGAAAAGGCCCCUUUAAAGUUCAAUAGAAUAUAAUAAGGUUUGAAAUUAUAGUCUAAAAUGGUAAUUAAUGGCUCAUGUGUUUU